GAACCUCUGUAUCCAGCAGCAUUAAUGUUAAUACCGUCCAUAUCAUCGCCUUCUCCCACACCGAUCUUAGCGCCUCUCCUAAUCUUCUCCGCGCAUUAAUACGUGCUGGUCGCAACUGUUUCAGGCACAGCUUGAAGAACUAGUUUGAGACUGAAAUUUAAGGCAGGAAUUAGCGGCAAUCUAUUUUUCAAGUGAUGGAAUUGCGCACGGAGCUCUCGACCAGCCAGACUACUCCGACAGCUAUACCUGUCUCAGUGUCGGGGACUCUCCUCCGCGCUCCGCCUCUGCUCCUACGUGCCACCGAAAAGUAUCCCAGGACUCCCAAGUGCGCCCGCUGUCGAAACCAUGGGGUCGUCUCGGCUCUGAAGGGCCACAAACGCUACUGUCGCUGGAAGGAUUGCAUGUGCGCCAAGUGUACCCUUAUCGCCGAAAGGCAGAGAGUGAUGGCGGCCCAGGUAGCCCUGAGAAGGCAGCAGGCGCAGGAAGAAAACGAAGCCCGGGAGCUGCAACUUCUGUACGGGACGGCGGAAGGAUUGGCCAUUGCAGCUGCGAACGGCAUAAUCCCAUCUCGAUCUUCUUACGAUGUGUUUGGUUCGGUCUGUUCCGAGGGUAACGCAGAAACUAAACUCCAGAAGUAUGAAUUAUUUCAAAAGAGUUUAAUGCCAAGAGCUGGUACUCCUCAGCAGUCCUUAGUGAAGCCAAUCCCGGGUGACAGUGAGCCGGGUACAGGUAGUGUGCCUGGGACUUCGUCGCCAGACGUUCGCCAUGGAUCUGGAUCAGAGAACGGAGAUGGAGAAUCAUUUCUUAGUUCUCCCAUCUGUAAAGUUCUUAAAGAAGGACAAGACAGCCCAAGGACCAUCACGCCACUGGGCUCUGACUCCGGGUCAGAGACGGAAAAGGACGAGAGAGACGGUACCCCGUCCACAGGUUCCCGUCAGAGAACUCCUAUUGAAAUUCUAACCAGGGUUUUCCCCUCACACAAGAGAAGUGUUCUGGAGCUAGUCCUGCAAGGUUGCGGAGGGGACGUUGUCCAAGCCAUCGAGCAGAUUCUGAACAACCGAGAGCAAGAAAAGGUUUCCGAAGAAACUUGGCACCGUGAUAGGACUCAUCAGGCUGUUCAAGGACCUACAUCACAUCGGCCUCUGGUAGCUGGGGCGGUGCCCCCGACCAUUGGGACGCUGGGCAACAGGUCUGCUUUUUCGCCACUGCAACCUAAUGCGGCCCAUUUUACUACAGAUCCCAACGCCUAUGCCAUUGGGCCACAUCUAGGACUCAAUCCUCUUCGCUUGGCGUAUUCGACCCAUAGUCGGGGACUUGCUUUCAUGACGCCUUAUUCAACAACGGGCCUUGUCCCAACACUGGGCUUUCGUCCACCAAUGGAUUACGCCUUCAGCGACCUCAUGCGAGAUAGGUCCAACUUACACAAAGAUCAAGUGUACACUAAUGGACUUUACGGAUCAGUUGUAAAUAAUAACCCGGAUAAACAGUAAGUUGCAACACUCUCAGGCAUCCUAAAAUUUGACAAAGCACUGGCCCAAUUGUCGAAACUGUCCCGUGCCAACGUGAUUAUUAUAGAACAGGCACAGGAGAAAGUUAAAUAUUUAAUAAUAAACAUGAUUGUACAUUAAAAGUGCUGACGUGCAAUUUUGUCAACGGUAUACUUCGCUGGUAUUGUAAUUCAUAGCCAUACUCACUAAAUUCCUUUUUUGACUAUUGUGUACGUAGAUACGAGUGUAAUGUCUAUAAUUAAUCCUAAAUUAUUAAUGUGUUUUGUAGAAAAAAGUUAUUCACAUGGUACAGCGGAAAGCCCUCUACGUACCUUUGUAAAGGUGCAGAUUAAAUGUAAUAUAGACUUUUGAGUUGGGACUUGCUUUGCGACUGUUUCUUUCAAGUAGACUUUGGCAAAUGUGUGUAUAUAUGAAAAGUAAGGAUAACCAGCUGCAUUUGUAUUUGUUAUUUAGGCAAAGGCUGCAGCAAGACGGUAGUAUAAUGUUCAG